UGUCGUUAAUUAUGAUUUAUGAAUAUUAUACAAUAAAAAUAGAUAUUAUGUACAAACUAAAGCCGACCGAAAAAGCGAUCGUAAAAUACUUUAUUCCGAAUUACAUGUCAAAAGACAGCAGAAUCCUUUUCUUAGGGAGUCGGACGUCGUAUGGUCGUACCGUACGCGUCGCCGUUGUUCGAUCAUCCAUGAUAAAACAAAUCUGUUUUAUCAUGUGGUCGCCGUCGCGACGGUCAUCAACUCGUAACUCAAACUAAAAACGAUUUUCAACAGCAAAUGACUGCAGUAAAUGACGACGAUACGACGGUAUUUCUGUAAAGCCCAAACGAAAUAACAACGCUCAACACACGUAUUUUAUUCUUUCGCAUUGAAUAUUGACGUCCCGACGCCCGCUCUCUUAGUCGCUACCCGAAUUCUCGAGUCCGUCGCGUUCAUCAUCAUUCCUGUUCGUGUCUUGCGUCAUUGAAAAUGCGUUGAACCGAGAAUCUGGUAGUUGGCAUUUUGAUCAGGAGUAGCUAGAACCGGAUUAGGUAGGAGCUUUAACUUUGUUCGACGAUCACGAUGGCAAACAGUGAUACAGAUGACAUCCUAUCUGACGGUUUUCUGGAACCUGGUGAACUAUUAGACAGCGACGACGAACAACCGAUCGACAACAGCACGUCGGCGCGGACUAGUCAGCCAAUGACACAGCUAAAUAGACCCAAAUUAAAUAGAAACACGUUCCAAGCAGCCUCUGCAUCUAAUUCAAAUGAACAGCCUGCACAUAAUAUAUCAGGUAUCACGGACAAACAAGUCCAGUAUAUUCUAAACAGUCUUGGCAUGAAUAAAAACAACAAAGACAUUCAGUUGAAUGCUUUACAUUUGCACGGAGUCAUGGGAAUGACCACUAAAGAUAUCAUUGAAUAUUUCGAUCAAUACGAUCCUAAAUUUUUGGAAUGGGUAUCAAAUUCUGAAUGCAAUGUUGUAUGGCUGGAUGAUCGAAUGCCUACUAAGGCAUUAUUGGACUUGACUCGUCCAAUACGCGAGCUAAAGCAUAUUACAUCUACAGUUACUGACGAAUUAAACAAUGAACAUGGAGCUUUAAAUGAAAAUCAAAAUGAUGAUCACAUGGAUCAAGAUGAUGUAUUAGUAUCGGAAGAUUAUGUUAGCUGUGUGGGUUACGAGUUGCCCCCAGGUAUAUGGAGAAAAGCAAUUAAACCACAUGAAAAAUCCAAGUGUAUAUUGAUGAGAUAUAGUACUGUGUAUGACAAGCAGGAUGUAAAGAACAAAAGUACUGAUAUUGAAGAUGGAGAUUAUGAAUUAUUCUCUCAAGAAAGUCGUAAACGUAAGUUUAUACCAGUUAUCAACCAUCCUGAUAUUGGUGAUGAAAUGUUGAAAGAUGAUGUUCGGUGGAAAUUGGCCAAAAAUCCAGGAAUUAACACUUGGACUGCCAUAGCCAAAACUUGGAGCCAAUAUGACAAUGCUAUGGAUGCUAAAUACAAAUCCAAAGUACGCACUCCAUCGCCACCGCCACCUACGUCAUCAUCAGGUGCAGCUAGUGAAGAUGACGAUGAUGAUUAUAAUGAUGCUAGGUAUAGAGAGAGCAAGAUACCAAGAAUGCGUAUGUAUGCAGAUGAUGAAACACAAGCUAUUACAAGGAAGCGUUUGAAUUCAGCUUCAAAUUCAUCAAGACAUCAAGUAAAUAUAGCCAAUGACCUGCGAGAACGCCUUAAUGGGCGUUUGGUGUCUGCUAAAGUAGCCAAAGCAAUUCGCGCUGCUAAAGCGCAUCAGUAUCUUGAUGAUGAGUCGCUAGAAGUAGAUAUUGAAGAUGUUAAUGACGAUGAAUACAUUGAUAUUCCAUUUAGUCGUGCAACUCGUCGUGAUAUUCCGCGCCGCCAGUAUUUACAUGAAGAUGAUGGUGAUUACACGAGUGAUGAAGAUGUGUACGAAAAGAGACAUAUUAAAAGUAGACUAGGACCUCAUAGAAAACAUGGUCAACGUUAUAAUGUUCGCUCUGUGUCUCCUCUUCAGAUACAAAUUAAUAAUGAUAAAUAUUAUAAGCGUACAAGUCGACGUUAACAAAUAUUGAACAUUAAUAAUCAUUUUGGUUUUCAUAAAAUUUUUAAUGAUUCAUUAUAAAUUCUUUACUUAUA